AUGAACAUCUUGUAUAAGGUAACUACUGAUCUGACUGGAGCAUGUCUGGCUUAUAUGACUCAUGGUUGUCUAAAUGAAUUCGACUACGUUGUAGAGAGCAGCCAACGUAACAAGCAGGAACCUGUCAAGUACGGAAGGAGCGUCUCUAGAGUUACCUGCAAAGCUCUAAUUCAUUCACACUCAUCUUUCACGAAAUCUGAAUUAAUGGGUCUCGAUAUAUAUGGAGACAAAUUCAAAUAUAAAGGGUGCUUUCAAAGCAUGAAAGAACUUCGUCUUGGACAUUUUGAUACUUUAAAAAGUUGCUACGACUUCUGCCAUCAGCACUUGUUCUACGGAAUGACGAAUAAAAAAGUCUGCAAGUGUGCAGACAGUAUUGGUGAAGAGCUGGAUCCCGAGAAAUGCAACAUCACUUGCACUGAUGAGCAUUCGUGUGGAGGGUACGAUGCUUAUUCCAUUUAUACAUAUAAAAGAGCGGAGUUGGUUGGGUGUUUCUUAUACGUGAAAUUUGAACCGGAUGGAAUUAAUCCACCAGGGAACAUUCCGUGCUCAAGACAAUGUUACGAUCUUGGCCAUCAUUUCAGUGGGACUAAAAUAGAAUUAUGCAUGUGUGGAGAUAAUUUCAGCUUCAAAAACCAGAUCAGCAAAGAGCAGUGCAGGAACUCUUCUAAAAAUAUUUUAGUCUCGGAUGAUGAGACCAAUUCAAUCGUCGAAGCGACCACCGCAAGUGUUGUUGUGAACAACUGUGACGUGCAAAAUGGUGGGUGUGGGGAGUUGGUGUGUAUCGAGGUCGAUUCUUAUGAGGAAGAUGAUGAGGCGGGUUCCAGUAUCAGAUGCUACGAGGGAGACAAGGAGGCCAUUGUAGGGACAGCCGAGAGCCAAGAUAAUUUAGUCUACAAAGGGUGUUUUACAAAUAUGAAGGAAAAGAAUGACUUCCAAACCGACUCUGUAAAAUCCUGUGACAAAAUUUGCAGCUUUACAUUAUUUUACGGAAUUAAAAAUAAAAAUGUCUGCACAUGUUCAAACGCUGUGGAGGAAGAAUUGAACGCAGAAAAAUGUGAUAAAAAAUGUUCAGACGGAUUCUCGUGUGGCGGAAUAAGCACGUACUCAGUCUACGCCAAAUUCUAUAACGAAUCUAUGAAUGUUGGCUGUUUCAAAUACUUGCAACUUGAACAUCAAGAAAAUAAUUCAUUGACCAGACCUCUUUGCUCAAUAAAGUGCAAAGAACUUGGCUAUCGAUUCAGCGGAGCAAAUGCUGUCAAUUGCCAGUGCGACAAUAAAUUUACAUUCAAAGAUCAAGUCAACAAAGAACAAUGCACGCCAUUGUCAAUGUUUUUCACGCUAACUGAUGUUUCACCUGAAUUGGAAGUCAACUUCAAACCUUCCAAAUACAACUACUGCAUUAAUGACAGAGAGGAGAAUAUGAAAACAUACUGCCGAUCUGGUGUUUGUAAGCCUGGUUGGACUGGAGCACUCUGUGAUUAUAGGGAUUGUGAAGAGAACAACGGUGGAUGUAAAAAAGAGAUGAACUGCCUGGAGCAAACCGUCAACAACGUGACGAUCAACAAAUGCCUGUGUAGAGAAGGAUUCACGUCUGACAUUUUCAAUGAGUGCAAAAAAAUACCAAGCAGACAUAAUCUGGCUUCAGCGUACAUUUACAUGAUCAUGUUAGGAAUAUCACUUACACUGCUGCUAAUAACAAUGCUACAUGCGGUCUGGUAUUUCAGACGGAUGGGUCUUGAGAUUCGCUCAGAACUUCGUGAUGAAGUAGUAACCAGUGCAAGAAAACAAGAUAUGGAAAUAUAUGAAAAAAGAAAGGGGCACAAGCAACUAGACGAGCAGAAAGACCACAGUAGAGCGAGUUACAAUAAUCAUUCCUAG